CCUCCCCGCGGCCGGGCGCAGAGCCGCCGCCAGUGCCCGUGUUGCUGUCGCCGCCUUCUGCUCGGGGAUCGCCGCCCGUGCCGCGCCCCGCCGGCUCCGGGGAUGCCCCCACACGAGGCGCUGCCCCCGGUGCCCCCGCACGGUCCCCGCGGGCGGCAGCGUCUGCCGGAGGAGGCGCUGCGGGGCUUGGAGUGCGUCCUUCUGGGUGACGGCGCCGUCGGGAAGACCAGCCUGGCGCUCAGCUACAGCACCAACGGCUUCCCGGCGCGCUACGUCCCCACCGCGUUGGACCGCUUCUCCGCGGUGGUUCAAGUGGAUGGCGCCCCCAUCAGGCUGCAGCUGUGCGACACAGCAGGGCAGGAUGAAUUUGACACCCUGCGCCAGGUCUGUUACCCGAAGGCCGACGUCUUUCUGCUGUGCUUCAGUGUGGUGGCUCCCACAUCCUUCCAAAACAUCGCCGACAAGUGGCUCCCUGAGGUGCGGCGCCACUGCCCAGCCACGCCAGUGCUGCUGGUGGGGACUCAGUCAGACCUGCGGCAGGACGUCAAGGUGCUCAUCGCCCUCUCCCGGCGCAAAGAGAAGCCGGUGGCCCCUGCCGUGGCCCGCUCGCUGUCUGCAAAGCUGGGGGCAGUGGGCUACGUGGAGUGCUCGGCCCUCACCCAGCACAACCUCAAGGAGGUAUUUGACACGGCCAUCACCGUGGGGCUGAGGCACACCGAGACCCCUGCCCCAAAGGCCCGCAGGAGGACCACCAGCUGUAUCCGGACCCUUUCCAAAGCCUGGUGGAGGAAGUACGUCUGUGGGCGGUAGCCCAUGUUUUGCCCACGGGAGGCCGGACUUCCUGUGCAGCUUGCCCAUCAAUGGCUCUGCGCGUGUCCCGCACGAGGAGUGCAGUUCAGCGAUGUGAUCCUCCACUGCUUGUCUGAUGCAGCUGCACUGGGGGGACUGCACUCUGCGAGCAAAGCAGACCUCCCUCCCUCCCUCCCUGGACUCUGUGCGGCUGCAGGCGCACGGUGGAAAAUGACCCGUGUGUUCUCCUGUGGGCUGGACCUAUUGAGGGGUUGCUGGGGUAGCUUUCGAUCGUAUCCUCCAGGCAGCUUGCUGGUAGAGGCAACUCCAUUUCGGCCUUCCUCAGCCCCCUCAGGUGAAUGUAAGCUAGAAUCUCAUCACUGCAGAGCUUAAUUUCCCCCCAAAGCUGCUUUCUACCCCAAAGUCGCUUCCUCAUUUCUCAGCCCGUUACGGGGUCGCCGGGGUUGCACUUUCCUUUAACCAGAAGAGAACUUGUUCCUGUCUCGUCCAACACUUUGGGCUGCACGUCGCCGCAGCCCCAAGGAGCACAGCCGCACUGGCAGCACUGACAGUGAGGGGCGUUGUAGCUGAGCCCCAAAAUGCCUGGAGGGCACCAGGUUGGGGAAGGCUGAUCUGGCGAGACUGUGGACAGAGGCUGCCCCCACCCCAAAGAAAACUUUUGCAUGGUGUUGUUGUGUGUGGAUAUGAGUGAAACACCCUGCCCCUCGCCCAGUAAAUGGAGCAAAGUUGUAGCUGGGCCAGCUUUUUCUUACACAAGGGUGAGAUCUGGUAACAUUUCAAAACAAAAAUGAAACACCACCACCACCACCACCACCAUCUUGAAUCUGAAACUUUGGUUCUUGAUUUUAGGAUGAGGGGAAAAAAUCUGAUAAAAAUUUUAGCUAGAUACUUACAGCAAAAAUGUUAACCGUUUGUGUCUUUCUCUUAAGACAAAUCUGGGAUCAGGGUGGUCCAAGGCAGUAUGGCAGUUCUGAUAUCCCCCCCCCGCCAUGAAUGCUGUGCCUCUUUGGGGCUCCCUGUUGCCCACCCCACCCCCAGCAACACCUGGAGAAGUGGUCGGUUGUGUUGUGCCAACAGGAAACAGUUUCCUGGUUGCUGUUUCAUCUCUUCUGGGUCAGGAUGAGGCAGGAGGACCCCUGUUCGCUUGCACGGCCAGGAACAUGCAAAACCUUCCGCCCUUUCCCCUUCCUCCCAAUUUUUUUUUCCAUGGAAGUUUUUUGAGGGUGGGGGAGGAGUAGCUUGUUGGUCCCUCUUUCCGUGUUUUCCUGAUUCCCACUGGGCGGGAGCUGACUGGGAUCUCUGCCACCAACCUGGUUCCUGAAAAUGUGGGCGGCCUUCCUGGGGCAAGCCUUUGGCAGGUGUUCAGAGGGCCUGGCAACCCUCUCUGAAGGCUCUUCUUGCAAGCCAGAAUUGCCUGGGCUGGGUCAAGGGGGGAGCCUGCCCUGCUGUGUCAUUCCCACCUCCUGCCCUUUUACUUGCAGGUGAUCUAGAUUCUGUGCCUGUUUGGCUCAGGGCUGUAAACGUCUCUGCAGUCUAAAGUGGAAAUGCACCGCUGUGUCUCUCUUAUGUAUGAGAGAACAACCUCGCUUCUCUCGCUUCUCCCGCCCCCCCAAUCUAGGUUGCAUUUACACUGGAGUAUUCCUGUUGUUUGAGGGAAAAACCUACUUUUAAGUCUCUCCCUCCUUUGGAAACAAUUAAAAAUAAGCUGUUCCUUUUG